GCAACCACGGCGCAGUCCUCGGAUGAGCCGGAGAGGACCCAUGGGGCACCAGCCGCGCGACGCGGGGCGCUCCAUAAAUUGACGCGCCUUUCCUCUACGUCCCCGCUCCUCCCCAAGCAAGAUGAAGACCGCCGCGCUCCUCGCCCUUGCUGCGGGACUCGCCCGCGCCGCCCCAACGUCGCCAUAUACCAUCACGGUUGGCGCUGUCAGCUCGAACUGGAAGACGCCCGAUGACACCCCCGCCGCCUCGUACAUCGACAAGGAUGGGUCGUAUUACUUCCAACAAGCGCACGCCUUAUACGGGGCGACGCAGGAGCGCAAGUGGAACUUUUACGCAGGCACACACAUUGACGAUGCCACGAAGUCGCCGCUGAGCAACUCUGUCAAUCCCGCCGAUGCACGCGAUUCGAACGCCGACACGACGUGGCGGUGCAACAACUCACCAACAGGCAAGAAGUCGACGCCCGCCGUGGGCAGCGCGUCCUACGCGCAGGCCAACUACUGCGACCUUACUGCGAUGUGGGUCGAUCCCGAUACUGGCGACUGGUACGGUUUGGUGCAUAACGAGUUUACGCCGCAGCCGUUCGCAGACGGGCUGCACUACGAUGCUAUCGACUACGCGGUCAGCACGGACCAGGGCAAGACAUGGAACAUCAAGGCACAGGUUAUAACGUCGCCUUACUCGACGCUGCGCAAUGACACGGCCGCCUUCCCGCAACAAACAUACCACUACGGCGUGGGUGACCCACGUAUCCUUGCCGACCCCGCAAGCGGAUACUUCUAUGUGUGGUAUGGCAGCCGCAUUGUCAACAAGGGCGGGAGCUGGGUCGCGUUCCACGAGCACGUGGCGCGCGCGCCCAUGUGGGGCAAGAUGGCGCCUGGUACAUGGCGCAAAUACUACGCUGGGACGUGGACCGAGCCGGGCCUCGGCGGCCGGGAAAGCAACCUCGUCCCGGUCACCAGCCUGACCGAGACGGGCUACACGCCUCCCGAGAAGGAGUACAAGCCCAUCACUCCUGGCCGUGCCGCUGACCAGGUCGCAGCCGGCACGUGUCCGCCCACAUCGCCACUCUUCGUCAUGGACGUGUCCUACUCGGCCCACCUCGGCGUGUACAUCGGCGAGCCGCAGGCCGUUGACCAGAGCGGCAACGCGCCCCAAGAGAUCUACUACACGACCGACCUGGCCACGCAGAAGUGGCGCCUCCUCGGCAACACGGGGUCGUACAAGACUGCGUCGUGGUACCGCUGGUUCCUGGACCCUGUGAGCCGGACGCAAGGAUCGAUUGUGGGCCGCGACCUGCGUGCUUACUGCUCGUUCGGGUGCUCGAACGGGGCGAGUGCCGAAUACGUUAACCUCUCAAUCAACGGCCCGGCCUUCUCCGUCAUCGCAACCGGCAGCUACAGCAUCGCGGGCUUGGGCCCCUUCCGCAUCGAACCCACGGGCGACGGGGCGUACACUCUGACUGGGAGCGGAGGAGUGCUGGGGGUCGACGCGAGCACAAAGGCCACCCGUGCAUGGGGCACCAAGCCGGGCUGGGGGACGGACAAGAGCGUCGGCCGCCAAUGGUGGAUUAUCAAGCUACCUGGUGUGAACAGGUUCCGCCUCAUCAACCGGUACUCAGGCCUCGCGCUCGCCGUGCGCGCCGGCCAGUUUGAGACCACUCCCGUGCGCAUGUGGAACGAUACGACCGGUUCGCCGGUCGGCGGCGGCCGGACUGCCCAGGAGCAGGACCACGUCCUCACGGCGGCGUGAGCUUUGUAGAAGUCAAGAGAAGCCUUGAUAUAGAAUGAACUUGAAGUGCCUUUCAGU